UGGACCUGUCCCUGUUCAUCUAAAUUGUCGAUCUGGGGGCUUUGGGUCGGAAUCCAGGUGCACCGAGACAUCAAUCAAUCGUUAAUGAAGUGAACGACGGACCCACAUGGGACGGAAAGAAAAUUACACGUUACACGUUGUCCCUCCGAGGCCUGAUAAUUCCCAUGCGCGCGCGCCGGCGCCGAACCUGUCUUGUUCCCAACUCGAUCGCGUUACAGCAAAGAGUACUCGGACUUCAUCCCUUGGCCGUCCAUCAAGAUGUCCUCAGUUCGACGUUCGAGCUCUCAAAGCCUGGUCGUUAACACAUUCCUCCCCCACCCCCCAGUCACAAGCUCCUUUUUAUGACUGUGCUGAUCCUUUAUUAUCAGCACCAAGUCGAUACACUGCUGGAAUGGAAACAGACAUUCUAAAAAUGUCGUGACUUUCAAUUACCUUCAUGUGCUGCAAAAAUGGGUCCUGGAUAGGGAAAACACGAUGAAAAACUUGCUAUUUUUGGGACCUUUUUAUAUAUGCCAAAAACAAACUCUUUUCUGUAAAUGAAAAGGAAGUGGUUUCCUUUGUUCUGGC